CGAGCAAACGCUGUGUCACUUUCUCGCAUAACAAGCAGAGGACACAUAAGAGUCACACGGUGCAGUGAGCGGUUAUGCACGGAUGUGUAUUUUGAAAACAAACUAUGUUUUAUCGUAGUAAAACCAUCAGAGGUUUGCUGGAAAUCGUCCCGGGUAAACGGCGCCUGGGAGCGUACAGGUUCCUUCCUAUCUUUUUCUGCAUCGGAGGAGUCAUGGAGUGGAUCAUGAUCAAUGUGAGGAUAGGAAAGGAGACUUUCUAUGACGUCUACCGCAGAAAACGAUCAGAACGGGAGUACCAGCAGAGGAUAGCAGAUGGUUUGGUAGUUCUUGACCAACCUGCAGCCAAGUGAAGGAUUGUGGGACUUCACAGACGUCUGCUAAGGACGCACCGUCGAACUUCUCCCGCUUUGGCUGCUUUCAACAACUGUAUCACGUGUCUGAACCUGUUUGAAAAUUUAAUGAGUGAAAGAAUGGCUGCUUUGAAUAUUGAUAUGGCUGGUUAAAGAAGAACAAGCAGUGCUCCCUGACGACUUUGCACUGAUGCUUCCAAUCACAAAUGGUGCAUCCCACCUGCCAUGUCAUGUAAAAAAUAAAGCCUAUAUAUAUAUAUGUA